AAAAGCCUUUGUUUUACAAUUUUAAUACUAAAGCGUCCCACAUAAUCUUCAAUGGCGUGUGGGAUUGGAUAAAUUUUAUAGCCGAACCCACCUAUACUAUUAGGGAUAAUUGGACCGUCAACCAUUGUAAUUUGAAACACAAGUAGUUGCAGUAGGUUUGAAUCAGUAACGGUUGGUUCAUCAAACUCCCUCUCUCAAAGCAUGAGUCUUGCUAACAUAUAUUGCCAACUUGUCUAUAACUUUCAUGUUGUUAUAGCUCUCUAUCCUUGAUUUAAAUCAAGCCAAGUCUUCCACAAGCAAUUGCAAAGCAAAAUCUGGAGAGCUUGAAAAGCCUGUGUCUAUAAUGAAGUUGACGGUGGCAUGGACAAUUAUGGUUACGACCCUCUUAGGGGUAGCCAUGGAUGGAUACGACUGCAAGGUCGUGCAGUUCAUCUUUGGUGACUCCCUCUCAGACGUCGGGAACAAUGACCGCCUCAGCAAGAGCCUUGCUCAAGCAAGCCUUCCAUGGUAUGGUAUUGAUUUCGGUAAUGGCUUGCCAAACGGGAGGUUCUGUAAUGGACGCACUGUUGCUGAUAUAAUAGGUGAUAGGACAGGUCUCCCAAGACCACCAGCUUUUCUCGAUCCAUCUUUAACAGAAGACAUGAUACUGGAAAAUGGAGUGAACUAUGCCUCUGGAGGUGGUGGGAUUUUGAAUGAAACCGGCAGCCUCUUUAUUCAGAGGUUUUCACUCUAUAAACAGAUUGGGUUGUUUCAAGGAACACAAGAGCUGAUAAAAGCCAAAAUUGGCAAAGAAGCAGCAGAAAAUUUCUUUCAAAAAUCACGGUAUGUUGUUGCUUUAGGAAGCAAUGACUUCAUUAACAAUUACUUGCUACCAGUUUACAAUGAUGGAUGGAAGUACUCAGACGAGGGAUUCAUAAACUACUUAAUGGAAACCCUUAAAGCACAGCUCACGAUAUUGCACGGCUUGGGAGCGCGAGAGCUGAUGGUGUUUGGAUUGGGUCCCAUGGGUUGUAUCCCGCUUCAAAGGGUCUUAAGCACAUCUGGGGAGUGCCAGGACAAAACAAACAAACUAGCUCUCAGCUUCAAUCAAGCUGGAAGUAAGAUGCUGAAAGAGUUGUCAGGCAACCUUCCUAAUGCCAGCUUCAAAUUUGGAGAUGCUUAUGAUGUCGUCGAUGCUGUGAUAACCAAUCCACAAAAAUAUGGAUUCAAUAAUUCAGACUCCCCCUGUUGCUCAUUUGGGAAGAUCCGACCUGCUCUUACAUGUGUCCCUGCAUCGAUUUUGUGUGAAGAUAGAAGCAAGUAUGUGUUUUGGGAUGAGUAUCACCCAUCAGAUAGUGCUAAUGAGCUUAUUGCAACUGAGCUCAUCAGAAAAUUCGGAUUUUUGCCCGUCAAUGAAACAAAUGCUCCUUCCCCAGGGCCAACAGUUGAUGCUCCUUCCCCAGGGCUAGCAGUUGAUGCUCCUUCCCCAGGGCUAGCAGUUGCUCCAUCUCCAGAAGGAUAAUUCUUAAAACUUAAUUUCUAAGUAUCCAUAAGAGAAGCUAUUUCCUUUGAAUUCCUGUUGAUUUGAAGUAUGUUUAUGUAUACAUAUAAUAAUUAUUUGUAUAAGGUUAUGAAUUUAUUUGAUGUUGUGUAUAAAGGAAAA